GUUAGCGGGGCCCUUGGGAGGUGAUUAGGGUUAGAGGAGAUCAUGGGGGGACAGUAUGAGGGGAUUGGCAUCUUUAUAAGAAGAGGAAGAGAGAUCAGAGCUAGUUCUCUCUCCACCACAUGAAGACUCAGAAGGCACUGUCUGCAGCCUGGGAGAAGAGCUCUUGCCAGGAGUUGAAUCGGCUGGAACCUUGAUCUUGGACUUCCCAGCUUCCAGAACUGUGAGAAAUAAAUGUCUAUUGUUAAGCUGCCCAGCCUUCCGUAUGUUGUUAUGGCAGCCCAAGCUGACAAAGGCUAAUGUACAUUCUGUUCUCCCGGGGAUCUCGUUACAGUGCAGAUUCUGAUGCAGUAGGACUGCGCUGGGGCCCAAGAUUCUACAAUUCCAACAAGCUUUCAUGCGCCACUGAUGCUGCUGAUCCAUAGACCAUAUUAUUAGCAUCAAGAUCCUAGGGGAUUAUGAUGUUUUUCUGUCUUAAAUUAUCAGGUUGCUUUUAAAGGAAGUGUGUGAAGGGUUAGUGUGACCUAGGAGACCAGAAAGCCCUGUGGGUACAGUGUUCCACAGGGCUUAGGGUGUCCUCGUUGCGUCUGUAUGUCCUGAGAGGUCAGAACUUCAUGGCUGGGGCUAGGGGCAUCUCCUAGUAGAGGUGGAGUGUUCUGGGUUUCAGUAGGUACUAGAGGAUCCUAGAGUCCUGGGGUAUCAGGUUGCCUUUAAAGGGUCAGGAUGUCCUAGGGAUGUCAGAAUGUACUUCCUGGAUCUAAGUAACCUCAAGAAGCAGAGGACUGUGGGCACCAGGGUGACCUGACUGCUCAGGGAUUCAGUGUGUCAGAGUUUCCUUGAAGAAUCGGAAUGUCAGGAUGUCAUGGGAAACUCAGUCUCCUGCAGAGUCUCGAGGUCGGGGGGGUCAGGGUGCACCUCGAAUGUAGAUGCGCUUGAAGAUCAGGGUUUUCUGAAGAUCUGGGUGACCUUGGAAGGUCAUGGAGUGCUAGAGGUUCUGGAUGAAGGAUGACGUGAUGCUUGGGGGAGGAAAGCAGAGGGUACUUGAGAACAACAGUGUCCUGGAGACUCAUCCUACGGUUCAGCUUGUCCUGAGGGGAUGUCGAGUGUAUUCUGAGAAUUGGGGUAUCAGGAGGAGCCAGAAUGCACCUGUGCCUUUGAGUUUUUUAGUUUCCUGGAAACAGGUCCUUGGGUAUCACCCACACACUGAGAUGCCAAGCAGGCUCUACUCCUGGACCCCAUUUGCACCCCCUCUCUCCCUCCCCCAAUGGUGGGGUUCUGAGGAGGGGUCUUGGGAGGAAUGCAGUUUCUCCUCCUUCCCCUGCCUGCUCCCAGGAGGGGAUUUAACAGGACAAAAGAAUUUGGCCCUCUGGGAACACGAGCUCUUGGCCCCAGUCCCUGGACCCUCCAACAGAGCACCUUCCCUCAUCCGGCUUGUGAGCCUCCCCUGAGGAAGGGGCUCCGGGGAGCGGGCAGUGAUUGGAUGGGCCCACGAGGGCGAGGAGGAGGCCACUCCGCCCAGGCUCAGGGAGAAAGAGGUGGUGCGAGAUUGCAGGCUGGGCAAGGAGGCAGCUGAGGGCAAAGGGGGAGAACGCAUCCUGGGGAGAAGGGGCAGGAGGAGAAAAGUAGAGACAAACACAGAAAGAGCGGGAGGGCAAGACAGAGAGAAUGAGAGGACACUCAGUUGAAGGAAUGAGAGUUAGGAAGAAGGAAUGAGAGUGCAAGACAGAGUUCUCUAUCUCCAUCUAUGCAGAGAGAGACUCUCGGAGCCGUGUGAGCAGAGGGAGAGGGCGCGAGGCAACAGGCAGAGAGGGGAACAGAAACAGAAUCAGAGUCUCGGGCACACGGGAGGCUGGACUGUCCUUGGUCUUUGUUGUUAGCCAUGGAAACGGAAGGUAGGAGUGGGCAGGGUAGGCAAAAGAGGGGGCGAGUUUGCAGCAGCCUCUGGCCCGAGAGCUACCCAGCCGCUGGGACUGUGACCUCCACGGUGGACAUGAGCACUCGGCCCUGCAGGAACCUCUCUGGUAUAGGAGGGGGGAGACCAAGGCUUUCCCCGCAAGGAGGACAGAGGGGUCGCCCGCACUCCCGGCGCCGCCACCGCACCACCUUCAGCCCAGCACAGCUGGGACAGCUGGAGUCAGCCUUUGGAAGGAACCAGUACCCCGACAUUUGGGCCCGAGAGGGCCUUGCGCGGGACACAGGCCUCAGCGAGGCCAGAAUCCAGGUCUGGUUCCAGAACCGCAGAGCUAAGCAGCGGAAGCAAGAGCGGUCACUGCUCCAGCCACUGGCCCAUCUGUCUCCUGCCACCUUCUCUGGUUUCUUGCCAGACUCCCCUGCUUGUCCCUACUCCUACCCAACACCACCUCCACCGGUGACCUGCUUCCCUCACCCCUACAACCAUGCCCUUCCUCCUCAGCCCUCCACAGCUGGUUCCUUUGCUCGACCCCACCAGUCUGAAGACUGGUACCCCACCUUGCACCCAAACCCCGCUGGUCAUCUGCCCUGCCCUCCACCCCCACCCAUGCUCUCCCUCAGCCUUGAGCCACCAAAGUCCUGGAACUAAGGUCAAACAAAUGCUGAUAAGGUAAUUCCUCAGCCUGUGGCCCUCGUGAAACACAGAGAAAACUGGGUGGCUCCCUUUCUAAGGGUGAAGUAGAAAUAUGGUGGGGGCCAGCUCAGACAUUGGGAAUUUAAGAAUGGGAGUCCAUGAUGAAGGCUCACUCAGGUGAUUAACGGAGAGAAUUUGGGAAGGUGAGCUAAUGGAACAUACAUGUUGAAACACAUCCACGGAGGAGGCCGGUGGAAGGGUGGUACUAACGGAAGCAACUGUGGUGGCUGGUGCAUGGAAAACGGUUGAGGGAGGCGGGGCGUGCAGGGCUUCAUUCAUUGAGAUCAUGGCUGGAGAUCUCCAUCCCAGCGGUUUCAGGCUGAUUUCAAUAAGGCUUCUGAUGUAAAGUCUCCAUGUACAUCCGUCCUGUCUCCCCGCUGCUACCCAGGUCAGUCAUUAGCUUCUGCUCAUCCUGUGAUUCUUCCUCUCCUUUCCAUCCCAGCAGACGCUUUUCUGGCCCCAUAUUUUCUAACUAAUCCUCCUCAUUAGUUCCCUUAGCUCCAGCCUUUCCCAGUCCCAGUGGACCCUGCAAAUCUGAUCAGCAAAGAAUGGCUCUCCAAAGUCUUAUAAAAAAUGAAUAAGUAAGAUCUGAUUAGCUUGACCUGUAAGAGUCUCCAACAUUACCUUCAACCUGGCUGUUAUUCAGUUGACUGUAUGUUUUAACAUACGUGGUUUCUGAUAAAAAAGAAACACUUCGAUUUAGGGCAGACUUUCCAAGAGCAAACCACAAGUCUUGAGGCUCAUGAGAGGGAAUUUCCAGAAAAGAACCUGCUGUGAGGCGCCUUGGUCGAAGCCUUACUAACAGAAACAUGUGUGGCCUAGUUGGUGGCACCAUUUUUGUAUCAUAUUGCUUAUGAUGUACUUAUUUUACUCAUUUACUUAUUUGUAUAUAGGCCUACCUCACUGAGUGGCAGGUCCAUAGCAGAAUUCUGAGUAAACAAGCCUCUAGUGAUGGAUGCUCACGUUGUUUGCAGUUUUUUAAUAUGUAGUAUUAGAAAGUCUGUAAUUGAAACCUCUAUAUUACACAUUUGCACUCCCAUCUAAUUAUCUCCUUGGGCCGGACUGCCUUCCAGAAAGACGACACCAGUUCACAUGCCCCCAAAGUACCUAAGUGUCAGUUUCGGCACAUCCUUGUUGACCUUUACUAUUUUUCACAAUUUGUUAACUGAGUAAUGCCUCCUUGUUGCUUAUUUUUAAAUUUUCAUUUAAUCAAUUGCUAGUGAGAUUUAAAAUAGUUUCAUGUUUAUUGGCAAUUUACCUUUUUCCUUUUGUGCACUGCCCCUCUGCGCUGUGUGUGCCUUUCUGUACCGCUACAGUCACCCUUGAUUAGCGCCUGAGACUUCUCUGUGUAUUAGGGACGUCACUACCUGUUCUACACGUUGCAACUAUUUUCAACAUUUGUUAUUUGUUUUUGAGCCUAUGUCAACAAGAGUUUCCUGAGAGAAUUAAGCCCUAACGCUGUAGGUACCGAUUGUAUGUAAGGAAUUCACUUCUAUUUUACGCCUCUAGAAUGGUACCAGUUACACAGAAUUGGCAGACUUGGGAAAGCAGUCACUCAAACCAUUUUCUGUAGUUUGGAUGAGGAACCCCAGGUGAGAAAUCUCCCUUUGUUGUUACUGCUUUCACCCAUGUUUUCUUCAUUAGUUGGAUCAAAAUGUCAUGCCUUGAAUCAGCUGAAAUUUAUUUUGGGAUGAGCAGUAAAAUAGUCAUAGAACUGCCCCUCAAUCACCUAGCUAGUUCCUACAAUAUAAUUCAUUUAAUAGUCUCACUUUGCCCCAUUCUUUUGUAAAAUCAUAUUUUUUCAUACACUAAGUCCUCAUAUAUACACAGGACAAUUGUAGACUCCUAAUUCUUUUCUGUCAAUAAGCUUCUCUAUUCUGAUACUAGUACCACAGUGUUUUAAUUAUCAAAAAUUUAAAGAUUAUUGCUCUUUAAAAUGUUAAAUUCUCUCAACCAAACACAAGAUGUGUCCUGUCAUUUUUUCCAGACUGUCUCAUGUCUCUCAAGAAAGUUCUCUUUUUAUGAAACAAAUCUUAAGAGUUUUUAAAUUACAAAAGUAAUACAUGCUCUUUAUAA